UGCAAUAAUACCUACGCACACAUACACGCACACACGAGUACAGUCGCAAUUUGGGACUCGCAACGCCAUACAAAAAGUUGGAUCUGAGUGGAAUUGGCCAUAUAUUCAUCCAGCCGAUCCCUUCCAGAGCUCCGGACGAGCAGCUCCCAGCCGAUUCCACGUCCCCGAGCCGAUGUCACGGCGGGAAUAGAGCGAAUCGCAGCCCAAACAACAUGAUAAACCCCAUUGCAUCCGAAUCGGAGGCCAUCAAUUCGGCCAACUAUGUGGACAACUACAUCGAUUCCGUGGAGAAUCUGCCGGACGAUGUGCAGCGCCAGUUGUCCCGCAUCCGCGACAUAGACGUGCAGUACAGAGGCCUCAUCCGCGACGUGGACCACUACUACGACCUGUAUCUGUCCCUGCAGAACUCCCCGGAUGCCGCGCGAAGAUCACGCAGCAUGACGCGAAUGCAUCAGAGCCUCAUCCAGGCCCAGGAGCUGGGCGACGAGAAGAUGCAGAUCGUCAACCACAUGCAGGAGAUCAUCGACGGCAAGCUGCGCCAGCUGGACACCGACCAGCAGAACCUGGACCUGAAGGAGGAGCGCGACCGGUAUGCGACGCUCCUGGAGGACGGCCAGCCCUCGAAGCUGCAGCGCCUGCAGAGCCCGAUGCGGGAGCAGGGCAACCUAGCGGGCACUGGCAAUAGUGGUCUGAACGGGAAUGGCCUGCUCUCGGCCAAGGAUCACUAUGUCUUGGGCGGUUAUCCAGGCGGCGUUGUGCCCGGUUCAAGUGCCAUGCCAUCCGGCAACGGGGGCAGCUCCACACCCAACUCGGAGCGCUCCAGCCAUGUCAGCAACGGCGGCAACAGCGGCUCCAAUGGCAACGUCAGCGGCGGUGCUGGCGGAGAUCUGCAGCGCACGGGCAGCAAGCGCUCGCGGAGGCGAAACGAAAGCCUGGUCAAUAAUGGCAGCUCCCUCGAGAUGGGCGGCAAUGAGUCCAACUCGGCUAAUGAAGCCAGUGGCAGCGGCGGCGGAGGCAGUGGAGAGCGCAAGUCCUCGUUGGGCGGCGGCAACGGAGCGGGACUGGGACGCAAGGCCAGCCUACAAGCGGCGGCCAGCAGUUUGGCCAGCGGUUCGGCGGCCACGAGCAGUGGGGCAGCAGGAGGCGGCGGUGCCAGCGGCAGUGGAGCAGGAGUUGUUGGAGGAGGCAACAAUUCCGGCAAGAAAAAGAAACGCAAAGUACGUGGAUCUGGGGCUUCAAAUGCCAAUGCCAGCACGCGUGAGGAGACGCCGCCGCCGGAGACCAUUGAUCCGGACGAGCCGACCUACUGUGUCUGCAAUCAAAUCUCCUUUGGCGAAAUGAUCUUGUGCGACAACGACCUGUGUCCCAUCGAGUGGUUCCACUUCUCGUGCGUCUCUCUGGUGCUGAAGCCGAAGGGCAAGUGGUUCUGCCCCAACUGCCGUGGAGAACGGCCCAACGUGAUGAAGCCCAAGGCGCAGUUCCUUAAGGAACUGGAGCGCUACAAUAAGGAGAAGGAGGAGAAGACCUAGUGGACUCCUCCGGCGAAAUCAGCCCAUUGCUCUGUGUCAAACACCAGGCUCUGUAAAUUAUUCGAUCCUAAGAUUUAAAGAUUUACCUUAAUGUAUAUUUAGUGACCCGCGCGCAUACCCGUUCCCUCUCCGGUCUCCCGUACUUUCAUCCAGUUUUGAUCCCCUGCUUCAGUGGUUAAAGGUCGUCAGCUUUCAUUUAACGUUUCUGUACAAAUAAUAACUUUCUCGAUGUAAACACACACACACACACAAACUCGUAUAAUUAGAGUACACCUUAACUUAAUUUACGGUAAUAAACGUUGAUAUUCAAAA